UUUACGCCUUUCUGGAAUCCACGUGAGGAUCUGGGCUAACUCAUUAGCUUAGCCGGAUCGUUACAAAUGGCGCCCGAACUGUGAAUGAAUACCCUUAGAAGGAAAGGUUUGGACACUGGACAGUGAGUAUAUUUGGAGUAUCUCUUUGGUGGAUAACGAAGGAAGCAGGCGAACUAUUUUUGGAAUUCGACUUUUUAUUUCCUUGCCUCGCGCACGUUGGCUAGCGGAUUUACGAUAUUUCAUUCACUCGUGCACGGUGUGGCAACCUAAAACUCCAGUUGGACAGACCGUGGGACAUUUUUCCUCGUCUUUUUCCCAUUUCCUGCGGAGUUCUACGCGCCGUGAAAGAGAGGAGAGGGAAAUUUUAAAAGGAAAAAAAAAAAGGGGGUUAAAGGUUAAUUGUAUGUGAGUGUGUAAUAUAUGUUAAUAGUUAAUAGCUAAAUAAUGAAAACUGACCAGUGCUGAGUUUAAGAGUAAUUCAUCAUGUAAGGUUAUUUGAUGAUAUUAUUUUCUUAUGUAUUGUAAUACACUGAGUGUCUUCCUAUUGCACAUGUGCUGUUUUAACCUGCUUUAGGAUAAUUUUUUUUUCCAGUUAUUCAUGGUCACGUUUCUGUUUUGAUUCUCUCAGUGCAUUUACAAUGGCUAGACGUAUUGUUGCAUUUGUGGAUGACGAUGGUGAAGGUGAUGGUGUUCCACUUGGGCUGUUGGGUGAUGAUUCGGUCACAAUUCAGCAUCUUGCUGCUCAGGUAAAAAAGUUACAGCAACAAGUAGAGAUGCUGACAUCUGCAUUUAGUAUGUCUGUUGACUUGCAACACAGCUUGCUACAGCAGUUGGAGAUCCAGACCUCUUCACACUCACAGGGACCAGACACACAUGCCCAUCCUAUGUUUACCUCCACCCCUGCUACACGCACACUCACAAAGCGCAAUAGUCGAGAUGCCGAGGAUUCUCAACAUUCGCAUGGACAGGAUGCUGGUGCCCAUCCUGGGCACACUUCUCUCACUGCGGCACACACUCUCUCUGAAUGCACAGCCCGGUCAUGUCCACACCCCCCGCUGGUUAGUUCUGCUCACCUUUCUGGCCUUGUGCCACCCAAGUUUGAUGGGGGUGAUUCUAUUGACCCAGAGGAUUGGCUUCAGUCUGUUUCGUUGUACAAAACAGCGGUUGGCUUACCUGAUACUCGGUUUUUUCUAGAGUUGACGAGGCUGUUUGAGAGGGAGCCUCGGAAGUGGUACUCUGCCAUGCAGCCCCACCUACUGUCGUGGGAACAUUUCUCAGAUCUCUUUCGUCAAGCAUUCUUACCAACAGACAAUGAAGAGAAGAUCUGGAGAGGGAUUUUAGACAGUGUUCAGGCUUCUGAGGAAUCACUUCCCACCUUUGUCGCUCACCUGGUGACUGAGUUCAAACGACUGAGGCAACCACCAUCUGAGCAAGAACAGAUCGAGGUGAUUUGCCGGCAUGUCUCAGACCAGUAUAGACUGGCCCUCCAUGCGGCCGCACCCACAACUUUAACUGAGCUGCUCCUGACUGCCCAUGAGCUACACGCUGCCUUGGGGCCUAUCUCCCCUAACAGGACUGCCACUUCUGCUCAGCUGACCCAGCGACCAAACUUGCACUGCUACAAAUGUUUUACCCCCGGGGUCACCACGCGUAACUGUGGGACCUGUAGGAAAACUAGGCAGAGUGGAAACACAGAACCUGGUGGGGGGGCAGCUGCGAGUCCUCAGGCAGAUCAAGAGAACCCAAACGCUCCACAAGACACUAGGGGUGACCCGGGUGCUCGACCGCGUAGGUUUCAGCGGCCCCGGGGUGGAAACCAGAACCUGGAACCGGGGCCCAGCGUACAGAGCACAGGGGGUUCUCACUCCGUUAAUUUGGUGCAGGACAGCCCACGGAAGUCUAAGAACUCCCCUUUGUCGUCAGUGGUAAUGGUUAACCAAGUUUUUCUGAAGGCGACAUUGGAUACGGGUGCGUCCAUUUCAGCAGUCCAUCCAUCCACUCUCCUUAGAUGUGGAAUAAAUGAGGAUAUUGUUCUCCCUUGGACUUUCUCCCCACUUGAGUUGGCUGACUCAAAACAGUGCACUCCUUCGGGUGUUGUGUGGCUGCCCGUGAGCUUGUUGGGUCACUUGUUCACACAUCGCUUUGCUGUGAUUCCAGACCUGUCUUGUCCCAUUCUUUUGGGUACUGAUUUCAUGAUCCAGGCAGAUGUUCAUAUUCAUCCGGCCACAGGUAAUGUUAGGUUGGGAGACAAUGCAAACUACGCACCAGACCUAGGCCUGUUGGAGGGGGAGUUUGGGGACUUGGAAGGUCAUGUAGCUUGCCUGACUUUUAAGGAUACCAAAGUUGAUUUUAUCCCAGUGUUGGAUCAGGCAGCUUUACUUCCGGCAGACAAGGAACGGCUGGCAAGCCUGUUGCGAGACUUUGAAUAUCUUUUCAGUGGAAAGCUGGGGAAGACCUCAUUGGUUGCACAUAUAAUCGACACAGGAACUGCGAAACCGGUGUGCCUUCCUCCCUAUCGUGCCUCACCCGCUAAAAGAAAGAUUAUCGAAGAGCAGAUUUCUAAAAUGUUGGAGGAUGCCCAUUUCACGUGGUCUCCUGAGUGCCAGCAGUCUUUUGAUCACCUGAAGCUGCGGCUGACUAGGGCACCAGUACUUGUUUUACCUAAUUUUGGGAAGCCUUUUACAGUUCAUACGGAUGCUUGCGAUGUUGGCCUCGGGGCCGCAUUGACCCAGACUGGGGAAGAUGGCUUGGAAAGGGCUGUCGCAUUUGCAAGCCGCACACUUCACAAGUCAGAGCGCCUAUAUUCCACUUCUGAGAAAGAGUGCCUUGGGGUGAUUUGGGCUCUCGAACACUUUCGUCCAUAUGUUGAGGGCUCCUAUGUAACAGUUGUUACGGAUCACAACAGCUUGAGGUGGCUGAUGUCAAGGCCCUCCCCCUCAGGGCGAUUAGCUAGAUGGUGCCUACGACUACAAGACUUUGACUUUGAAGUGGUCCACAGACCAGGCUCUGCAAAUUUGGUUCCAGAUGCCCUUUCGCGGAACCCUGCCUGUGAUCCUACCGAGCCCGUAGACCUGUUGCCAUCAUACGCCACUAUUGGCUCUUUGAACCUCAGACGUCAACCACUGUUAAUAUUGGAGGACAAGCAACAGCUUAAGUCGCUCCAGCAGGGCGACCAGGUAAUCGCAUCGCUGUUCACGGAACUGGAGAGCGGAUCCUGUGUGGACUCAACGGAUUUUUGCAUUCAGGACGGUUUGGUUUACUUCAUGGACAAGAGGGCUUCCUGCCGGCUUCAUCCUCUUAAGGCCCUGCGUUUCUAUGUGCCGGGACUCCUCCGUGGUACUUUACUGAGAUAUUUUCAUGACCACCCGAUGGGGGGCCACCUAGGCAUUACCAAAACCCUUGGGCGCUUACAGAGACGAGUUUAUUGGCCAGGUAUGAGGGGUGAUGUCAAGAGGUAUGUCCAGUCCUGCGUGACCUGCCAGUUGUCCAAGCCAGCCAAUCAGAAGCCUGGGGGCUAUCUGAAACCAGUAGUCGCUACAUAUCCAUGGGAGUUUGCUGGUGUUGAUUUCAUGGGUCCCCUCCCCAGAUCCGGCCGUGGGAAUGAAUAUAUUUUAGUUUUCAUUGACUAUUUCACCAAGUGGGUGGAGAUCUGUCCAGUUCGAGAGGCUACAGCGGCGACUGCGGCCCGCAAGUUUGUCUCUGAGGUGUUUGCGAGACAUGGCGCUCCUGCGCACCUGGUCUCUGACAGAGGUGUUCAGUUUGUGAGUGACUUCUUUGAGGAGGUUGUUGCUGCCAUGGGCUCAGACCACAGGCUGACUACAGCCUACCACCCCCAGUCGAACCAGACGGAACGAGUGAACCGUACUAUUAAGACUGCAAUCCGUGCUUAUGUGGGGCGAAAACACAGAGACUGGGACCUCCACUUGCCGCUGAUAUCCUUUGCGUUGAGAACAGCUCCACACCAGAGUACGGGAGAUACCCCAGCUUUUCUUUUGUAUGGCAGAGACCUCAAUACACCCCUUGAUUUGUGGUUGUCACCAAGCCCGCAAUACAUGGCUGAUUCUGUAGCGGACUACAAGGUGGAGCUCACUUCCGCCCUGAGAGAGGCGUAUGAUCAUGUGAGGGAGUCCCUAGCGGAGAGCCAGUCCACACAGAAAAAACAUUAUGAUAAGAAUCGGCGUGCCGUCUCGUUCCAGGUCGGUGACUUGGUUAAACUGAAAGCCCAUCCUCGGUCGGAUGCCUCGGCGGGUUUCUCGGCCAAGCUUGCCCCAGUCUAUAAAGGCCCAUACAGGAUUACCAAAGUUUUGUCUGAGCUGAAUUACAAGUUGUCCAGGGUGGCGGAUGCAGCUGAUGGUGGUGUUCACCAUGUUUCUAAUUUACUUCCAUUUUUUACUUGGGAUGACAAGGAGGACCUGGAGUGUUUGCCCCAGCAGUUGGCUGAGACCAAUUUGCAGGAGCAAGAGGCCUGUGUCCCUGAUGAGCAGGACGUAUUUGGCUUUGAUACCCUGUUUACGGAGCCGGACGUCCAUGACCAGUUGGCGGCUGCUCCGACUGUGGGGACACAGCCUCCCUCAGUUGAUAGUCCUGUGGUCACGCCCCCUGUAAACUUUUCCUCACCCCGCGCUGACGCUCACCUCCAGCACCCACAACUUGUGCGCAUGCACACACAUCCGUAUUUUCUUCGCAGUGGAUGUGCUGGUGAUUCCUGCCUCACAUACGCACAGCCCUUUCAUGCGGAAACACGCUCAUUCUCGCAACACCCUACUCAUCCCACACAACCUGCCCACACGGCACACCCAUACUUGCUCCGUCCUAGGCGCACACCAAGGGUUACCAGUGGGUGGGAUGUCAACAGAUGGACAAACCCUUAUUUUGCUUUGCAAUUUGGGUUUUGACAUGUUUUAUGAUGUUCUGUUUGUUAUUUUGGGGUCUUAUUGUAUUUUGUGUGCGAAAGAAAAUGUUUUUCUUUGGCUGGUCUGGAGACUAGCGGGUAUUGAAAUGUUUGAAGGGGUUAUGGCUGCAGUGUGCACCACUUGUUCUUGAGAUACUGUUCAGACCUGUGUGUUUUAAGCCUUUAUUGUAAUAUCUUCUGUUUCACUUUCUGCUUUAACAGUGUGAAGUUUGUGGAAAGAAGAGGGGGGAAAAAAAAAAAAAGAAUAAUUUAAAGGAUGCUGUUCUGGCUGUGUAAUGUUGGGCUAUGGUAUUAUGCUGGGCAACUGUCUUUACUUUCUUUUAUGUGCCACUGUUUGUCUCUGUUAUGCAGUGAUGUGCUACAGUGAAGGGGUAGAUGUUUUAUUUCUGUUGUGGUCUGAGGACAGCCCUUGAUCUAAGUG